UCGUCCCGGCGAUAUGCGUUUACUGUGUUAACAGACUGUCUAUAUAUAUUAUAUUAUUUAGUAUUAGAUUGUAUUCACACUACUCGACGAAACAAUUAAAUUAAAAAUUAUCGUCGUUUGACGGUUCAAUAAUAAUUAAUUGUUACCGAAUCUUGUUCGGCCCGUUAUGGUAAUCUGGUGAAUCCGCCGCACAACACCAUGCACAACAACAAGACGAAUGAUAAAAUAUCGUUUUCGUUCAAUUCCGGUGGACGGACGUCGACGUCCCGGUCGGUGGCCAUACCUCCUCCACCGUCAAACAGCGGACUCAGUAAGCAGGGCUACUCCACUUUGAACGCCAUAAACCAUUCGGCAAUCUCCUCGACUUGGGGCGUGCCAAAAAAACGAGCGAAAACCGAAGAAGAGUAUUUUGAAGACGAAGAUGAACAUCAACAACCUCAACUCGAGUACAUUCCUGCACCCGAUAGUCCGUCUAAUAAAAAAUCUGACUGCGAUUCUGAUUCGUCUGAAGAUCCAUUGGAUGCGUUCAUGGAAGGAUUAGAAAAAGAAGUAAAAAAGGCAAAAACUUCUGACAAAAAAGAAAAAAGAGAAGAUGAAAAAGGUAUUAGACAAGAUAUUGAAGAAGAGGACAUAGAAGAAUCAUACUACAGGUAUAUGGAAGAAAAUCCAACAGCAGGUCUCGUCGAUGAAACUUCAGACAUUGAAAUUGAUUAUGACGAAGACGGUAAUCCUAUAGCUCCACCAAAGAAAAAAGAAAUAGAUCCAUUACCUCCCAUUGAUCAUUCUUUAAUCAAAUACCAAAACUUUGAAAAGAACUUUUACUCUCCACACAGUGAAAUAUCAUCUUUAACUGUGGAUAAAGUUAUUCAAUUACGUAAGACUCUUGGUCUCAGAGUAAAUGGUGCUGAUUUACCUUAUCCAGUCACGUCAUUUGCUCAUUUUAAUUUUGACGAUACACUAAUGAAAAUUAUUCGCAAGUCUGAUUAUACACAACCCACACCAAUUCAAAGUCAAGCAGUUCCUGCUGCACUUGCUGGGCGUGAUAUCAUUGGUAUUGCAAAAACUGGUAGUGGUAAAACGUUAGCAUUCAUUUGGCCCAUGUUGAUACACAUAAUGGAUCAGCCAGAACUGAAAGAAGGUGAUGGACCAGUUGGUUUGAUAUUAGCGCCUACCAGAGAAUUGUCUCAACAAAUCUAUGUAGAAGCAAAAAAAUUUGGAAAAAUCUAUAACUUGAGAGUAGUAUGUUGUUAUGGUGGAGGUUCAAAGUGGGAACAAUCGAAGGCACUUGAAGGAGGUGCUGAAAUCAUAGUGGGUACUCCUGGGAGAGUAAUUGAUUUAGUUAAGAUGGCUGCAACCAAUUUAACUAGAGUAACAUUCCUUGUAUUGGAUGAAGCUGAUAGAAUGUUUAAUAUGGGUUUUGAACCUCAAGUGCGUUCCAUUUGUGACCACGUGAGACCAGAUCGUCAAACAUUGCUGUUUUCGGCAACAUUUAAAAAGAAAAUAGAAAAGUUGGCACGCGAUAUUCUUACUGAUCCUAUAAGAAUUGUUCAAGGGGAUAUUGGUGAAGCAAACACUGAUGUAACACAAAUUAUGUUGGUGAUGCCACAGAGUGACAAGUGCCAAUGGUUGUUGGAUAAUAUAGUUCAAUUUACGUCAAAUGGAUCAAUUCUUGUAUUCGUUACUAAAAAAUUGGAUGCAGAACAACUAGCCAGUACACUUGCUCUAAAAGAGUAUGAAGUAUUACUGUUACACGGUGACAUGGACCAAGCCGAAAGGAACAAAGUAAUAACACAAUUCAAAAAACAAGAAGUUAAUAUAAUGGUAGCCACUGAUGUUGCUGCCAGAGGUCUAGAUAUAGCUCAUAUUAGAACAGUGGUGAAUUACGACAUAGCUAGAGAUAUUGACACACAUACACAUCGUAUAGGAAGAACUGGUCGAGCGGGAGAAAAAGGUACAGCAUUUACUCUAGUCACACCAAAAGAUCAUGAAUUUGCUGGCCACUUGGUACGAAGUCUUGAAGGUGUGGGACAGGAAGUUCCCAAACCACUUAUGGAUCUUGCCAUGCAGAGCUCUUGGUUCAGAAAAAGUCGUUUCAAAGGUGGAAAGGGUAAAUCAGUCAAUGCCGGAGGUGCUGGACUAGGAUAUCGGGAACCAUCGGGCUCCAAUAAUUUUUCCGCAGCGAGUUCGUAUCAGUGCCCAAAACCUCCAGCUGCAGCACCGCCAGCACCAAAAGGUGGUCCUGGAUCAGGACGACUAUUAGCACUGAAAGAAGCAUUUAAAAUGCAAUACCAAAAUCAAUUUAAAGCCAGUGAAGAUCACACUUGGGAACAAACAGUCGGCUCAAAUUCAUCGGUAAAAGUGCACACGGGUCCAUUAAAAGAACGAAAAGCCAAAAAAAAACCGGUGGGACAAUUAAAAAGUUUAUUUAUAAGUGAAAAUUUUUUGAUUUUGUUUGAUCUUUAACCUAUUUAAAUCAUAAGACUUUUUAAUUACUUUAGUAAUUCUCUUAUAAAUAAAAAUUUGUUACAAAUUUUUAAAACAGUUUAAUUUUAUUUAUCUAAAUAAAACCGUUUGUUAGUGAUAUAUUUUGUUUAUUCACUUAACUCUUACAACUUGCCAUGUUGCGUCAUGUUUAGUAUACUAUUUUUGUGAACCCACUGUUAUUCUAAACUAUAAUAUGUAAAAAAUUAAUUGAUACCUAUUUAUAACUUUAGUUGUACAAUCAAUUAAUAGCAUUCUCAACUUGUGUAUAAAACAUAACUUAUUAUUUUUUAUACAUUUUAGAAGGGAAUAGUUAUUUAUAGUUCAAAUUCCAUUUAAUAGUAAAAUAAUCAUUAAUUAACAUUUUUUCAAUUUUAGUGAAGUCAAUAAAAAGUGAUCGAAAUUAACUUACCAUACAUCUUAAAUAAAUAUAUAAACACAAUAAUGUGUACAUCAUUUUACAUUAAUAAUAUUCAUUAAAUUUAGGAAUACAUUUUAUUUUUUUUCUCCUGUGAUACAUGGUUUAUUUUACGUGGCAAAAUAAUUGAAGUAGUCCCAACAACAUAGCAGAUAGGUUAAUGGCAAUCACAGCUCACUUUCUGUUGAUCGUACUAAAGUACUGAUUUUAAAAUUACAUAAACUAAUAACAAAAAUAAAAUGUUCAAUAUGUAAUUGAUUUUACUUUUGUACAAAUUUAAAUAUUUUUGUAUUGUAUUGUUUUUGAUUUGUAUUCAAAUCCAAAAUUAUUAUCUCAUUAUUGCUCUCGAAAUUCAUACAAAAUAAUUUAGUAUUAAUUCUGUUGUAUGCUAUUGAAUACUGUGUAAUAAAUAUAUUUGAAUGUAAGUAAAAUAA